AUGGAAAGAAAAUGUAAUGUUCUACACAUUGAACCAUCCUCGACAGAUCUGCGAAUUGGCGAACGGCUGCAGUUACGGGAAUCAAUUCUGUCUUGGAGGAAUUCUAAUGGAAAAAAACGGAGAAUUGAUGGAAUGGAAGCGAAGUUCCUAGUGCUUCGAAAGACCCGUAGAGCAGAUGCAAUGCUUAAACUGCAGGUAAGCAAAGCUCUUUAUGAAUAUCCUCUGAAUAUGUCGGAAGAUCUUUCCAGUGAAAAGAAGUCUAAGAAGGUGGAAAAGCGACGUCUUGAAAGCGACUCUUCUUCGGAUGAGGGAGUAGAUGACAAGACGCCUAUUAAGAAGUCGAAAUCUGCUGGCAGUAAACUAAAAAAUGCUGAUGGAGAAGAGAUGAUUGAAAUAGGUAACAUGCGUUAUGUCACUGUUAGAAAUUUCCGUGGAAAGGCUCUCGUCGAUAUUCGUGAAUACUAUUUGGAUAAGUCGUCAGGAGAAAUGCGGCCGGGAAAGAAAGGUAUCAGUCUGAACAGGGAGCAAUACCAGAAUUUUAAAGCCGUCUUAAAUGAGAUCGACGGAAAGCUUUAA